AUGGUCGCGUGGACGCAGUGUUCGCCGUACGGCCAUCAUCACAACGACGCCGCGGGCAAUUCCUAUCAGUCGUCGCGCGUCCACGAAUCGUACGGCGGCGGCAGCAGCAGUUACCAGCAAUACGGGCAAGGAUUCGGGACGGGGGCUGCGCCGACGGUGCGGUCGUACCAGCACGGCGGCGAACGGCAACAGCACGGCGGCGAACGGCAACAGCACGAGCCCGUGCACUAUUCGUUCCAGUACGACGUGCACGACCCGCACACGGGCGACAUCAAGAGCCAGCACGAGACGCGGACCGGGGACGCGGUGACCGGCUACUACACGCUAGUGGAACCGGACGGCGCCGUGCGCACGGUCACGUACACGGCGGACAAGCACGGCGGUUUCAACGCCGUGGUCGACCGGAAGAAACCCGCGGCGGCCGAAUUCGCGGACGUCGGACACCAACACUAA